CGGCCGGACGGGCGGCUGGAGGCGGCGGCGGCGCUCACGCACCUCUCAGGAGCCGGUGGAGAUGUCUGCGCAGAGGCUGAUCUCUAACAGAACGUCCCAGCAAUCUGCAUCUAAUUCUGAUUACACCUGGGAAUAUGAGUAUUAUGAGAUUGGACCAGUUUCCUUUGAAGGACUCAAGGCUCACAAAUAUUCCAUUGUGAUUGGAUUUUGGGUUGGUCUCGCCGUCUUCGUGAUUUUCAUGUUUUUUGUGCUGACCUUGCUGACCAAGACUGGAGCCCCACACCAAGACAAUGCCGAGUCUUCCGAGAAGAGACUCAGAAUGAACAGCUUUGUGUCAGACUUUGGAAGACCACUGGAGCCCGACAAGGUGUUUUCUCGACAGGGCAAUGAGGAAUCUAGGUCCUUCUUUCACUGCUACAUCAAUGAAGUGGACCACUUGGACAAGGCCAAAGCUGGUCUCCAGACCACAGCCCUCGACAGUGACAUUCAGCUCCAGGAAGCCAUCAGACGCAGCGGGCAGCCAGAGGAGGAGCUGAACAGACUCAUGAAAUUUGAUAUCCCCAACUUCGUCAACACGGACCAGAACUCCUCCUUUGGGGAAGAUGAUCUCCUGAUUUCAGAACCACCGACUGUUCUAGAAAAUAAGCCAGUUGCCCAGACCUCACGCAAAGACUUGGAUUGAGAACAUGUUUUGUCAAGUGUCUUUCUCAAGAUGCGGAGUUUGUCUUUGUAUGGCAAGAAGUCUCCUUUCACAGACUAGUGUGUGUAUGUGUUUGUGUCUGAGAGAGAAAUGGAGACAGAGAGACAGAAAGAUGAAGAGACAGAGAAGAGAGCCCCCUCAGAAGAGAGCUAGUUACGCUGAGUUUUUAUGCCUUUAAAACACAUUUGGGGUUUACGGGGAAAGAAGUAUUUACACUGUCUCAUUUUCCUCGUUGAAACCUCGGCCCCAUACUCAGUGUCAGCGUCCUUGAAUGGGGGUUGGCACGGUGCGCUGUUACCUGGCGCUGCCACCUCCACGCUCUGCCUUUAGCACGUUGCUUUGCCUCUCGGGGCCGCCACGUUUAACAGUAGGGUGAGGAGUCUGGAGUAGAUGAUCCAUCCCAGCCCUGCUGUUUUGCGAAUUUCUGACUUCAUAUUCAGAUGAGGCUGGGAUGCACCCAGAGCAGCAUAACCAGGUGCUGCCUCCUGUCUCUUGUUGGAGCAUCCCUCAGGUCUGUACCAUCCACUCAACCCUUAACCGAGCCCAGCUUUUGUCAGGAGCACGAGUGUGUACCGGGAUGGCAGGAGACUUGUCUCUCAUGGACAUGGUGGCCCACAUUUCUAUUGGUUGUGCUGAAACAGCUCUUCUGAGACCCUCCGGCCACCCAUGCUCAAACCUGAGGCCAGCCCUACCUUUCUUCUCCUGGGAUGAGUCUCAAUCCAUGGUACAUCUUUAUGACCGUCCUGUCCCCAGAAAUGCAUGGAAGGUUGUCAGUGAGGGGAGGUGCCUUCUGUGUCUGUGUCAGUGAACUCUGUCUGCUCACGCUGCCCUGCCAUUGGCUACAA